AUGACGUCGGCAAGCCCGUCCUCCCUCCCUCCCGCAGCCAGGCGGAGCAGGCAGCGGCGGCAGCGGCGCCUCCGGGCCUUCGCCGCGGUGACCCUGCUGGUGUGUUUCGUUGUUCUCGCCUGCAGCAAGCUCGCGGCCCCGCGUGAGAGCCUUGCGCCUGUCGGGCAGGCCGCCCCGACGGCAGUCCAACCGGCCGUCGCGGAGCGGCAGGCUGUGGAGGAGGAGCCCAACCUUCUCCCCUACUGGGAGGACGCGCUUGACGCGCAGGCGCGAAACGACUCUGCCACUGCGGCGUGGGGCUGCGACUGGUUCGUAGCGCCCGUGGGGGAGACGCCGCGGCUGGCCCCGAUGUGCGCCGUGGGCGGCGGCAGCAGCAGCAGCCACGGCACGGAGCCUUUCAAGCCCCUCUGCUCCCGUGAGGAGUUGGCCUCCGGAAGUUUGGCGGUGCACGGAGGCGCCACCCGGGCGAACUGCGUCAAACGGGGCUUUCAGCGCAAGUGCCACGUCGAGAACCUCAUCCUGCGCCAGGGCAACCUGUUCACCUUCAAGGCUGGGCGGGGGGCGCUGCCGUCCGUGCUCUUUCUCGCCGACGGGGUGCGGGAGUGGCUGGGGCGGCAUCAUCAGUACUAUGGAACGCCUCUGCGGGAGGUACCGCCGGCGAUGGCCGAGGCCCGCCCCGCAAUUUUGUCCCAUUGCAAAUUUUUGGUCACGGCGCCGGUGGUGUUUAUCUUCCGCAUGAGUGGCCAUUCAACGUAUCAUUUGUGGAGGAACAACCUCGGGCCAUUCUUUGCCACGCUGCACGAUGACUUUGGGAGAGGCGGUGGCGGCGGAGCGGCGGGGGUCUUUGGCGGGGAACCCCCCGUGCUCAUCACCGUUGAUCAAAAGCCGCGGGCGGGGCCCAAGGCUCCCCACCUGCUGGACGAGCUCCUGCACUACUUCACCACGCUGCCGAUACUUGACGCCUCUGAGUUCACGGCGCCAACGUGCUUUACGAGAGCCAUUCUGGGCAUCAGUGCGAGCGGCUUUAAUCAGGCGGCGCUGCGGCACUGGCUGCUGCCACGCAUCGCGCUGCGGCACCGCCUCUCCCAGUUUUACAUGCAGCGGAAUGGGCGCAGCGGCGCGGCUGUCUCCUGCGCCCGUGCGACGACGCUGCGGUGCCUGCCCCCGCACUACGGGCGGCGACUGCCCACGGCUUUCAAUCAGUGGCUCGCGUGGAGGCUGCGGCGCUGGCGGCGGCUGCCGCGGCAACCGCGGGUGAUGUACCUCAGCCGCAACCACCCCAACAUCACGCGUGGGCGCAAGGUGGUGAAUGAGGCCGAGGUGAUGCCUGCCCUUGAGGCCGCGGUGCUGGCCGCGACGGGUGCUCCGCUUCGGCGCGUCUUCUUUGAGGAACUGGCGUACGUGGAGCAGAUCGCCGCGAUGGCGGCGACAAACAUCCUCAUCGCGCCGCACGGCGGUGGCGUCGCCAACUGCGUCUGGAUGCCGCCGGGCUCCGUCGUGGUGGAGUUUGUCCCUCCCGCCGGGGCGACGCUGCCGGGGAUGUACCGCAAGAUGUGCCGCGGUGCGGCGGGCGGCGGGGUGCCGCCAAUCGAGCACAUCGCCUUCGUCGCUGAGCAGGACCCGGCGGAGUUGUCGCCAGGCUUCGCUGCGGCGAACCGCGCGUGGAGAGGAAACAAGCGGCUCUUCAGCAACAUUUGGAUGCCGAGGCAGCGACUUCUCGAGCAUCUCGACAGGGCCCUCGAGUUGUAUCGUCAGGCGUGGGAACGUGCGCGGCGAGAGGAGGCUUGGCGCGUCUACUGA